AUGUCUGGAGAAAAUUUCAAGAUCAAGAGUGGGCUCGCCCAAAUGCUGAAGGGUGGUGUCAUCAUGGAUGUCGUUACGCCAGAACAGGCUAAAAUAGCCGAAAAGGCAGGUGCAUGUGCGGUAAUGGCUUUGGAGUGCAUUCCAGCAGAUAUGCGCAAGUCAGGGAAGGUUUGCCGUAUGUCCGACCCUAAAAUGAUUAAAGACAUCAUGAAUGCCGUGUCCAUUCCCGUCAUGGCAAAAGUAAGAAUCGGUCAUUUUGUGGAAGCUCAAAUUAUUGAAGCUUUAGAAGUCGACUAUAUUGACGAAAGUGAAGUCUUAACUCCUGCUGAUUGGACUCAUCACAUUGAAAAGAGCAAAUUCAAAGUUCCAUUUGUAUGUGGUGCAAAGGACUUGGGUGAAGCUUUGAGAAGAAUUAAUGAAGGUGCUGCUAUGAUUCGUACCAAGGGUGAAGCCGGGACUGGUGAUGUCUCUGAAGCGGUCAAGCAUAUUACCAGGAUCACAGAACAGAUAAAAACUUAUCAACAGCUGAAAGGUGAAGACGAAAUUGCAAAGGCUGCUGAGGAAAUGAGGGUGCCAGUUUCCUUGUUGAAAGAUGUUUUAGAAAGAGGUAAAUUGCCGGUGGUGAAUUUCGCAGCUGGCGGUGUAGCUACUCCGGCAGAUGCUGCACUUUUGAUGCAGUUAGGCUGUGACGGUGUAUUUGUCGGUUCAGGAAUCUUCAAAUCAUCUAACCCUGCAAAGUUGGCCACUGCCGUGGUUGAAGCUACCACCCAUUUCGAUAAUCCCGCCAAAUUACUGGAAGUGUCCAGUGACUUAGGAGAGUUGAUGGGCGGUGUAUCUAUCGAAUCCAUUAAUCAUGAUUCGAAGGGUGUGAGGCUUUCCGAAGUUGGUUGGUAA